UUGGCAGAGAGUGAAAUAGCGGAAAGGAGAUGAGAUUGGAGCACAAAAAGAGGUCGCGAAGAAAGGGGAAGAGAGAGAAAAUUAGAGAGAGAAAGAGGACUGGUGCAGCAGCAGCAGCGUGAAGAGAAGAGAAAAAAGAUAAGAAGCGAAGAGAGAAGCGUAGAAUAGAAUAGCAUAGCAUAGCAUCCCCCUAAGAUCUCUGAUAAUUCUGAUAACACAAACCAUAAUAAAGGAUCUUUUGAUUGAAGAAUCAAUUUUAUAAAAAUCUGUGGUGUUGGUGAAUGAAUCUAUCGCCGUUGAUUACGGUUCACACAAAUGAUAGAUGAGAUAAAUAAUUGAAUCGGUGUGGAAGCAAAAACUUUGUUGUGGAAUGGACAGGAUUAGAGAAGCAAGAAGAAACACUAUGGCCGCGAAUGGUUUAACAAGAAGGAGACACAGAACUAACAGUCUCAGAGACUCACCAGAUGAAGAUGGAGCGAUGGAGAUGCAAGAGCCAACGAGGCUAAGAGAUCGAGGGAGUGGAAAGAAAGAUCGAGAUCGAGAAAGAGAAAGGGAGAGAGAUCGAUUAGGUCGAAACAAGAGAAGGAGAGGUGAUAGGUUGAUGCACGGUGUUAGAGAAGAUGGUGGCGAAGAUACUUCAGAAGAGAGUAUUAACGAUGAAGAAGAUGAUGAUGAUGAAGACGGAGGAGGAGGUGGCGGCGGCGGUAGUGCUGGUGGUUCAGUUAGAAUGCUUCCGUUGAAUCCAUCAACACUUACUUCUUCUUCGUCUCUCACGAAUCAUCAUCGAAAGAGCUUCCCUCCGGCGAAAGUUUUUAGACCAGCACCGCCGACGACGUGGAAAGCCGCCGAUGAGAUGAUCGGAGUUUCCGUUCCAAGAAAAGCACGUUCAGCCUCGACGAAGAGGUCACACGAAUGCUGGGCUUCAAGCGGUGGUGGAAUAGUACCGGAGCAAAAUCACAAUCACCGGCAGCCUUCAUCGUCACCCGUGAGAGCAACAGCGGCUCCUCCUUCACCUUCAUCAUCAAACGCUUCAAUCAGGAAGAAAAUAAAACCAAAUGGUGGUAGUGGAGGACAAAAGUUUCGACCACCGAAAUCGUCUUCAAAAUCAUCUUCAUCAGUGCAAGAUGAGAUCGAGAUAGAGAUCGCUGAAGUUUUGUACGGAAUGAUGAGACAACCACAAAGUCAAGUACCUUCUAAGCAACAAGAAAUGAACGAUUCAAUCAAGUUGGAUUCCCGAGAAGGUAAUAAUAAUAAUAAUAAUAAAUCUUCUGGUAGUGAUGGCAAGUCAAGAAUUUCUUCACCGCCUCAAAAUUCAAGUUCCUCUGCAACACCAGUUUCGGCUGUUGCACCAAAGAGGAAAAGACCGCGUCCUGUGAAACAUGAGGAUGAGAAUCCAGCGAUUUUCAGUGUUCGCAGUAGCCCUGUUUCAUCGAUGACUAAGGCGGAGAGUGAUCUUUCAAAAAUUGAAACUUGUUCGUCCAAUUCAGAUAAGAACAAUCAGGGAUCUGUGUUGGAAAAUGCGGCUAAUUUAGUUCCGGUUCAGGCUAUGCCGGAGCCAAUGAAGCCUGAGAGCAAUACUUCGCCGACUGCUAAGCUUUUGAUGGAGGAAUCGGAGAAACAAAAUGAUGUUGGGUUGAGUAAGGAGAUGGUGUCGCCGAAGAAAGAAUCUUCUGUGCUCCAAGCAGUAGAUGAUAAUCGUGAAGAUGUGAAAGCGACUAAAGCGAAUCCAACAAUAUCUGAGAGUGAAAACCAGCUGAAAGAGAAGUUUCAGAUAGAUCUCAUGGCUCCCCCUCCUUCGUUGAGAUCUUCUCCUGAAAGGGAUGCCGAUAAUAAUUCCGUAGCUGAGGUUGAAAAGGUGAAGCAUGUUAUGAAGGAGGAUGAAAAAUCACAGCGAAUAAACAAGGAAGAUAUGGUGGUUGUGGAAAUGGAGAAAGUUAAAGCAAAGGCAGAAGAAACUGAAUCCCACAAAACUGCUAUAACUGUGCAGAAAGAGAGAGGCAUUGACCUGCAGCUUCAGUUAGAGAAAUCAGAUAGGUUGGAUACAAAUGGCAAUGACAAUGGCAAUAAUCUUAACCAGAAGCAACAUCAUAAUGGUCAGAGGCAUCAGCAUCAGUUGCAGCAGCAACAUCAAACAGGCUCAGAGAAAAAUGUUCAAUCAAAUUCUUUGCCUAUUCCAAUGUCUGUUCCAAGCUGGCCUGGUGGCCUUCCUUCCAUGGGAUAUAUGACACCACUACAAGGAGUUGUAUCGAUGGAUGGAACUAAUAUGCCUUCUGCAGCUAUACCGCCACCUCAUCUUCUUUUCAAUCAGCCCCGUCCUAAAAAAUGUGCAACACAUUGCUACAUUGCUCGGAAUAUAUUGUAUAACCAGCAAAUUGCUAGGAUGAAUCCCUUUUGGCCAGCAGCAGCAGCAGCUGGCUCUGCAUCAUUGUAUGGUGCCAAGCCCGGCAAUCUUAGUGUUGUACCGUCCACAGAGUUGCAUGGUAAUGUUCCUGGCAGGGUAGCAAAUUCUACUCAAGACAAAGGAGGGCACAGCCUUGCCAUGUUUCCUGGUCAUAUUGGGAAGGACAAGGUUUCUCAUCAGCCAGCCAAUGUGGAUAAUUCCUCAAGGAAGCAAAUUUUACUUCAGCAAACUUUACCCCCUGGAGCAGCACCUAGUAAUUUAAUGCACGGACCAACUUUCAUCUUCCCCAUGAAUCAGCAACAAGCAGCGGUGGCAGCAGCAGCAUCUGUUCGACCUGGAUCUGUGAAGUCUUUGCCAGUAACAAGCAAUGGACAGCCAUCUUCUACAUCCAAUUCAGCUCCACCGAAUACGUCUGGUGCUGGAGCUGCUGCUGCUGCUCCAACAAUGAGUUUCACCUAUCCAAAUAUGCCUGGCAAUGAAACUCAGUACUUGGCUAUUUUGCAGAAUAAUCCUUACCCUUUUCCAAUACCAGCCCAUGUGGGUGGCCCACCUGGAUAUCGUGGAAGUCCUGCCCAAGCUUUUCCAUUCUUCAAUGGACCUUUCUAUUCUUCUCAAAUGAUACAUCCUUCACAGAUUCAAACGCAGCAAAUUCCUGCUCAGUCACAGCAGAGCAGCCAACAGGGCCAUCAAAAUACCACUAUUUCUACUGGAUCCUCCUCUGCCCAAAAACAUGCUCAAAAUCAGCAGCAAAAGGCCAAUAAUGCUAGUGGAUCCAAUGGUAGUGGUGGUAGUGGAAGCUUGCAAGGUUUUCCUGUCACUAAAAAUCCACCAUCGCAGAUUCUACAAUUGCAGCAGCAGCAGCAGCAACAGCAGAGACAGCAGUUGCACAAUCACCACACUUCAAAUGCGGCUCGUCAGGUUGAGUCUGAGACGGGAUGUGAAGAUAGUCCAUCUACUGCUGACAGUCGUAUCAAUCGUGCUACCAUGAAUAUGAAUAUUUAUGGCCAGAAUUUUGCAAUGCCAAUGCAGACACCUAACUUUGCCUUGAUGACAACUGCAAUUAGUGGUCCUGGUUCUAAUGGCAAUCACAAUGAAAAGAAGCAACAGCAACAGCACCCUGGCUCCAAGGCUGGAGGUGAAACUUCUCCAGCGUUUGCCAUGCCAUUUGCGUCCAUCAACGGAGUUACUCCUGCAACUGGCCUUGACCUCUCAUCCAUCGCACAGAAUCACUCAAUUAUGCAGAGCAGUCAUAAUUAUCAGAUAAUGGCAGCAGCACAAGCUGCCAGUGCUCAGCUGAAGAAGAGUUACCAUGCAGCUGAAGAAGGAAAAAAUGUUGUUAAUUCCUCCAACCUAGAAGAAGAUAGAAAAGCAAUGUCUGGAAAAAUUCCAGCAACAGUGGGGCAAUCCAUUGCUUUUGCCAGGUCAGAUGUGGCUGAUCCCUCAAUAAAUUCAUUAUCUUGCAACAAUGUAGUUGAUAGCUCUGGUCGAAGUCUCAACCUUGGUUCUGCUUCUUCCCGGGCUUCAGCUUCUGUUAUGCCUACUGCCAUCAACGCCAAUGCAGCUGGUUCUCAGCAACAAAUGCAGCGAAAUCAGCAGCAAAUUCUUCAGCUUCAAAAGCAGAAUCAAUUUGCAGCUGCAGCAGUGGCUGCUGCUCGGAAUAAGACACCAUCCACAAGUAAUGGCAGUAUCUACCCUGAUAAUCUUCCUUCUACAUCUUCAAUAUCCAACAAGUUUCCCAAUUCCGUAUCCGCAUUUCCUCAAAGCCUAGUACAGAGCAGCAACACAGUUGUUACUCAGUCACCUCAGUGGAAGAAUUCAGCAAGGGCAACCAACACUUCUCUGUCACCACCUCCAACUAUGGCUUCAACAUCGUCAUCAUCGAUUAAAAAUCCUCCACAGCAGCAGGUUCGUUCCCAGCAGCAGGGGCACACACAAAUAUCUUUUGCAGCAAAUCCAAAAUCGUCCACCUCACAAGUGCAGACUGCAAGCUCCAACCAGUCCCCAUCACCUCCAGUUAUGGUUGGCUCACCAACAACUUCCUCAAUGUCCAAAAACAAUGGCAGCCCAAGGACAACAAAUUCAUCAUCAACCAACAACAAGACUGGCCAAACUAGUUCCCUAUCCUCUCAGCAAGCCAAGAACUCUCCAACUGUGCCGACACGUAAAUCCUCACCUGUUGGUGGAAGGAGUGUGCCAUCAAUCCUCAGUGGCCCUCAGAUAACUCCCUCUUCCAACCAUGGGAGUAAAUCACAAUUGCCACAGCAGCAACAAAAACAGCAACAGCAGCAACAACAACAAAUAUCAAAGCAGAACUUACAACAGGCCCAACUGUUCUUCUCAAAUCCUUACAUGCACUCUCAAGUUACACAAUCCAACAGUUCCAACUCCACCACCUCAGCUGCAACCGGGUAUUAUCUACAACGGCGCGGCCCCGAGCAAGUGCAACGGCAGGGCUCUGGUAGCACAUCCUCAAAUGGUGGAGCUGCAAACAAUUCGAAAGGCAGUACCUUGACCUCACAGGGUCUUCUUCAUCCUCCCCAGUAUGCUGCAAUGCCAUCUUCCGGGAACCACCAUCAGUUUGUUCCAGCUGGCUUCUCUUAUGUUCAUCCGGUGCCCACGGCAGUUCAAGUGAAGCCAGCAGAGCAGAAACAACCCGCAGGUGAGUAGAAGAAUGAUAUCGUUCCUUGGUUGCACCCGAUGUGCAAUGUGGUGAGCAAAGAAGAAAAGUAACAAAGAAUGAAAUUAUGAAGUUGGUAAGAACAGAUGGUGUCUUCUGAAGUGGGGGCAAGCCGUUUUAUACCGUGCUCCUUAAGAAAAGAAAAUAUGGAAGAAGGAAGCAAGCUGGAGUUGACCACGGCCAACACAAGAUGAUUUGGAUUCCAUAAUUUUGGAUGGGAAAUCGACCAGAACUUAAAAUGUGCCUGAGUUGUGUUUAGUAAUUCAUUUGUACACUUGUGUUUAUAAUCUGACAAGACAAGGUUGAUCAUUAAGUCUAAUCAAAAUUCCAUUGGUUUUUUAGAAGGAUGUGGUUAAGGGUCCCCCAUAACAUUUUGAAUUCUAAAUUAAAUUACUAAAUCCCUACCAAAACUUAAUGUGAACGCAGGAGGUAUGGUUGAAGUUGAAAAUCUUUCCCCUUUAUAGUUGUUAUUAUUUUCUCUCUUUUGAUAUAUCGUGGUGGGGGACCUGUGUUAAGUAUUGUUCCUCAAAAUGUGCAAUGAACCUGUCACUUUUGCUAUUAUUUGCAAUUAUUUUUCUCUUUUGCAAUUGAUAGCAAUAGUAAUAUGCUCUCGUAGUUGAUAUAAAAUAUAAAUAACUUGACAGGGCAUUGUGCUGAAGAGCAAGAAUUGUUUUUUUGGAUAAUGCUGCAAGAGCAGUAAGCAUCUUUUUGACAAGUUCAUGUGGAGAAAGUUUAAAAUGUUUAAAGUGACGUGUGGGAUGCAAAUUGCAAUAUGUAAAUCAAAAAAAGUAAUGGCAAUUCCAAAGAAAAUGAAGAUGCUUUUCUUUAGAGACGUGGACGUGGCAAGUUGUUUAUUUGACUUGAGUGAAGAAAACGAGGGAGGUAGAUUUAUUUAUAUAUACAUACAUAAUUGGCAGCUCAAGGGUACUCAAAAAUGUUCAAAGGUUGGUUUUAUAGUUCUAAAACAUCACCACGUUACCCAAUUUCUUUUCCUGAGAAGUGUGCUUUUCUCUACUGUCAGCAUCCCACGUUUGGCUUAUGUGUACUAUAACUAUUUUCUGAAUGAUUAUAUUGCUUAUUAUAUUAAGCUGUAAGUAUAUAAAUGAGGUUAAAUUA